CUCUCUCUCUCUCUCUUCAUGACCAAGACUAGGGUUUCGUCAUAAUCGCCGCGACCAGAGCAGUUCUCAGUUAUCUAGGAAGAAGGAGAAGAAGGGUUUCGAAGAAUGGAUGCGAACAUGUUAGCAGGUUUAGAUGGUCUUCCUGAGGAAGACAAAGCGAGAAUGGGUUCCAUGAUUGACCAGCUUCAACUUCGUGAUAGUUUGAGGAUGUACAAUUCGUUGGUGGAGAGGUGUUUCAACGACUGUGUGGACAACUUCACACGGAAAACGCUGCAGAAACAGGAGGAGACGUGCGUGAUGAGGUGUGCCGAGAAGUUCCUCAAGCACACCAUGCGCGUCGGCAUGCGGUUUGCCGAGCUCAACCAAAACCAAGCUACCCAGGACUGAUUCUCCCCUGUUCGGUUCGGUUCGGUUUUAUAUCUCUAAACCGGUCGGUUAUUGGUUUAUAGGUAACUCUAUUGUCAUAAUCAUGGUGAAAAUCUUUUGUUCAGGGGAGUAAUGAAUAAGCUCAUUCAUUGAACCGGUUUCAUAACUUUUUUGUUCGAGGGGCAUUUUUGGUUCUGCCGAA